UUCUCUACUCUACUCUAGUCUGUGCUAGUGCUUCAAGUAGAAAAGUUGUGGGUGGAGAGCAAAGUUCUUUUUAGACUUUUUAUUUGUUAUGAUUUAUCGUUUAGUUCUGUAGGUUAAAAUCUCAUUGUAGUCAGAAUAAUCAAUUAAUUGUAGUUAAGUGAACGAUGAACAUAUAUUUCUGAAUCAUCCGAAUAUAACUGUAAGGAGUGGUUGCAAGCAAACGUAAUCUUCGAUAUCAUUAUCCGUGUUCAGUGACUGAAGAUGAAGGGUGCCAAGCUGUUGAGUUCUGCUGGCCGCUGUGUGGCGGCUUCACCAGCAUAUGCUCGUCCUACCCCGCGUUACAAUAAUGAUGGUGGACGCCGCACAGAGGCAACAAAGGCAGCUCAGAAGGAGCGUCCCGGACCACGCUCAAGCGACUCAUUCACAUUGAAUCUGUUCCGAGGAGCCCUAGAGACCUCCACAGUGUUCCCGUACCCUGAGCCGCUGGCUGAGGACCAGAGACAGGUGUUGGCUGAACUUGUGCCACCAGUUGAGAAGUUCUUCCAAGAGGUCAACGACCCCGCGAAGAACGACAAUGACGCGAAGAUCGAGCCAAACACGCUUGCCGGUCUUUGGGACCUCGGUGCCUUCGGUCUGCAGGUGCCUUGUGAGCUUGGCGGUCUCGGUCUUAGCAAUACACAGUACGCGCGUCUUGUUGAGAUCGUCGGCGCUCACGACUUGGGUGUUGGCAUCACCCUCGGAGCUCACCAGUCCAUCGGCUUCAAGGGUAUUCUGUUGUUCGGUACUCCAGAACAGAAGCAGAAGUACCUCCCCAGGGUAACUGGUGGGGAGUAUGCUGCGUUCUGCCUCACUGAGCCGUCUUCAGGGUCUGAUGCUGGUUCCAUCAAGACGCGUGCAGUCCAGCAACCCGACGGCUCAUGGAAGCUGAAUGGCUCAAAGAUCUGGAUCAGCAAUGGUGGGGUUGCCGAGGUCAUGACCGUGUUCGCGCAGACACCUGUUCAGAAGGACGGGAAGACCGUCGACAAGGUGACAGCGUUCAUCGUGGAGCGCUCCUUCGGCGGCGUGUCAUCCGGCCCUCCGGAAAACAAGAUGGGCAUCAAGUGCUCCAACACCACUGAGGUGUACUACGAGGACGUUCCCAUUUCCAAUGAAAACGUGUUGGGAGGCGUCGGCAACGGAUUCAAGGUUGCGAUGAAUAUCCUGAACAACGGCCGCUUCGGUAUGGGCGCCGCUUUAGCCGGCACGCAGCGCGCGGCCAUCAAGCAGGCUGCUGAACACGCCGCCACGCGCGUGCAGUUCGGCAAGAAGCUUAUCGAGUUCGGUACCAUCCAGGAAAAGCUGGCUCGUAUGGCGAUGCUGCAAUACGUGACGGAGUCGCUCGCGUACAUGGUGUCCGGUAACAUGGACACCGGCGCUAAGGACUACCAUCUUGAGGCUGCCAUCAGCAAGGUGUUCGCAUCAGACUCAGCGUGGACGGUGGUAGACGAAGCCAUCCAAAUCCUCGGCGGUAUGGGCUUCAUGAAGGGCACUGGGUUGGAGCGGGUGCUCCGUGACCUGAGGAUCUUCCGUAUCUUUGAGGGCACCAACGACAUCUUGCGUCUCUUCGUGGCUUUGACAGGCAUCCAAUUCGCCGGCUCCCACCUGCAAGAGCUCCAGCGCGCCUUCAAGAACCCCACCGCGCACCUCGGCCUCAUCUUCAGCGAGGCCGGCAAGCGCGCCGGCCGCGUCGUCGGCCUCACCUCCACCGCCGACAUCAGCCCUCUGGUGGCGGAUCAACUGCGCCCGGCUUCUAGGGAGUUGGCCAAGUGUGUGGAUGCGUACGGGCAGACCAUUGAGUCUACGUUGGUCAAGUACGGGAGGAAGGUUGUUGAUGAACAGUUCGUCCUCAACCGCCUAGCGUCGGCCGCGAUCGACGUGUACACGACGGCCGUGGUGCUGUCCCGCGCGUCGCGCGCCGCCAAGCUCGGGCUGCCGUCCGCCGCACACGAGAUCAAGCUCGCCGAGGCCUGGGCACAUGACGCCUUAGGCAGAGUGCCCGGGCUGCUGGCCGCGGCGAGGGACGCCCCGUCACUACAGCAGUACGCGAGGCUCGGCGCAUUAGGACGCGCCGUCGCCGAGAACUCCGGCCAGCCCAGCAUUAACCCUCUUAACUUGUAGACCUAAAAGGGACGUCCGUAGAAAUCAUUGGUUUGUCAGUCGAGUGUGUGAGUAAUUGACUUUGGCCGCUAAAGACGUCAACGCGCGUGGCUACAACCCAAUAUCAACCUUCGCACCAUCACGCACCGCGAUUGUUGCGCCCUUUAGGGCCAUUUGCACCAUUCACUAACCCGGGGUUAACCGGAUAAACCUGGAGUUACCUUGGUUACCAGUGAAUUUGACACUGGGUCAAUAUUUUAACCGGUUAACUCCGGUUUAGUAGGAUGGUGCAAGUGGUGCUUAGGGUCCUAGCUAAAGGAACAUUCCAUGUAAUUGUCUACCGUUUGUCCCGUACAAAAGUGAAUUUUCCGAAGAUUUGCAGGUAUAAGAGUUUUCUUCUCUUGUAAAUAACUAUUUACCAAUAAAUCAUUAUUCAUUAUUCAUUUCUAUGACAAAUAGUUAAUAAAACACACAGAAAAAUAAUCGCCUGAUUUAAAUGCCGAAAAAAAGUCGCAACACAGGAAAUAAAAUGCGUUUGUACGGGACAGCCCGUGGAAUGCUCCUAAAAUAGUUGUUCAAUACUUACGCUAUAGAAUUUCCAACUUAGCAAGAACCCUAAAUGGCAUAACAAUCCCGUGUGACCGUACAUUCGGACAAGGUUACAGAUGACGCGCCGCACACGAUAUGUGGCGUUUAAAGAGUUGACGGGACAGCCAAAUAGAGAGUAUUCGGGUCGGCUUAUAUGUCUGUGCCAAGACUGAGCCAAUAACUACAAUGAUAGACCUUGCCAAAGAAAACUAUUAAAAGACAAUAUGAAACAACAUUGAUACUCAACUUAUGAAACAUGCAUCUCUCUUAUGCAUAAUUAUAAAAUCAAUACUCUUAUGCACUUGACUAUACAAGAUUAAACUCAAAUAACAUUAGAGGAUAUUCUCUAAGCAAAUAACACAAAAUCAGUCUUCAGACAUAAUCUCCUACAGCCUUAAUAAAAACUAAGAAAACAGUGUCAAGAUCUUAAAAACCCCUAAGCGACCUUUGAACGUCCUAUUAGUAUAAGUUAGCCUAAUAAAAUCAUGUGUUCGACUGUAUUUAAUCUUUUUGAUUGCACAAAACAUUCGGACGACCUACCCUUUUUGGGUAUGGAUGUUUUCAACUCUGCCGAAUGACCCAAUCAUGUAAAUGUGAAUGUAUAUUGUAUAGUAUAAUUUUCGACAGUUAUAUUUAUUUUUAAGUAUAAUUUGUU